GCUGCGUGGCGCAUGCGCGGUACCUCAGGGAGCGCGCGAGGCCGGCGGAAGGCGAUGUCUCGGAAGCAGCAGCAGCAGCAGAAGGCGGGCAAGCGGGACGAGCGGGCGGCGCGGAGGGCCCAGGCCCUGGCCCGGGAGAAGAAGAACCGCCCGCCCGGAGGAGAGGGCGCCGGGGAAGGAGGCCUCGCCGCACAGCUGCGCGCCCUCGGACUCCGCCUCAGGGAAGUCCCCGGGGACGGGAACUGCCUGUUCCGUGCGCUGGGGGACCAGCUGGAGGGCCACUCGCAGAACCACCUGCGGCACCGCCAGGAGACCGUGGCCUACAUGCGCCGACAGCGGCCCCACUUCGAGCCCUUCGUCGAGGACGAGCUCCCCUUCGACAAGCACCUGGCCAACCUGUCCCAGCCGGGCACCUUUGCCGGGAACGACGCCAUCGUGGCCUUUGCCAAGAACAACCAGGUGAACGUGGUCAUCCACCAGCUCAACGCCCCCCUCUGGCAGAUCCGGGGAACGGACAAAGCCAAUGCCCGGGAGCUGCACAUCGCGUACCGAUAUGGAGAGCAUUACGACAGCGUCCGGAAAAUCAAUGACAACGAGGAGGCUCCCGCCAGGCUACAGACUGAGAUGCUCUGCAGGAAGGAUUCCGGCAAAAAGGAGGAAUUCCCGUGGAAGGAAGAGGACGCGGCGGAACCGGACGCGGUGGAAGACGCUGUGCAGAAAGUCCGCAACGCCACCGGGUGCAUGGACUCCGAUCUGAUCCUCCAAAUCCUGGAGACGGAAGACUACAACAUCGAGUCGGCCGUCUUUGCCGUGUCCCAGGUGAACGAGGUGCAGAGGCUGCAGGACGAAGCCCAGGCGAACCGGCCAAAGCCGGGCCUUUGGGAAGAGAACGGGAGCGGAACCCGGAUCUUCGGAAACCCGGAGACGGAAAACAACCGGAACCCGGCCGAAGGGAACCCGGGCAGCAGGAAGCCGCAGAACCCAAAGCCGCUGUCCUGCCGUCAGAGGAAGGAGCAGCAGCGGCAGGAGAAGAAGCGUCGGCAGGAGGACCGGCACCGGCACAAAGCCCGCGACAACAACAACAAGGACAACGACAACGACAACAACCGGAAGAAGAAGGAGAGCCCGGCCGAAGCCGACCCCGAGGUCACCCUGGUCAAGACCGUGGCCGCACUCAACAUCUGACCCUCCGCCCAAGAAUCAGCACAACCGUGUGGACGGCAGAGUCAAACCAGGGAAUUCAAAGCGGUGUCAAACCCCAUUCAUUCACACUACAUUUCUUCCUUCUGACGUCCAAGCAAUAAAGAAAGUCGGCCUCGGUCUCCUCAAA